AUGAAAUCAAAAAAGAAAGUAGACAUUAAAUUUGGAUACGAUAGUGAAAAAGGAAAUGAACUCAUAUUAGCUGAAAGGAGAGGUAGUUCUCCCAAGGAAAAGUACGGUAAAAAGUAUAAAGAGAUUAGUACUGCAGAUAGGGAAUACAUAAAUGAAAUACAUCCAGUUAAUGAACCUGAUAUUGGCUCGAUCAAAUGUGACCCUCAUGGAAGUGACCAGACAAAAUCACCAAAGAAAAAGCACAAGAAACGCAAACACAGUAAGAGUGCUACAGAGACUGAAGAAACCUUUGGGAGUGAUCAGUCUAAAUCAACUUGUCCUCACAAGAAAAAAUCAGUCCAUAACAUGCAUAUACAAACACAGUCAACCAGCCAUCUGCCUGUAGAACCACAGUCAACCAGUCAACAUCAUGUAUCAAGGGAGACGCCAUCAGAGUUUUCACACAAGUCGGAAAAGAAUCGUGAAGUACAACAAAUCAAACAAGAAAUAGUGGAGAAUGCAGAAAGCUGUGAUGUGCACACGUCUAUAGAUGAUACAAACACAACUCUUCUGUCUGGAAAGAGAGAGAGCUACUGUGUAAAGAAAAGUAAAAAGAAGAAAAGGAGGAUGGGAAGUGAUGGGCUGGUGAGCGAUAGAAAAGUCAGUGGUGAGCAGAUGAGUCAUGGACGAGUCAGUGGUGAGCCGAUGAGUCAUGGACAAGUCAGUGGUGAGCAGACUAGUCGUAUAGGAGUCAGUGGUGAGCGGAUAAGCGAUGGACAAAUCAGUGGCAAGCAGACAAGUCAAAUACAAGUCAGUGGUGAGCAGAUGAGCGAUGGACAAGUCACUGGUGAGCAGAUGAAUGAUGGAGAUGCCAGAGUUUUUCACAACCAGGAAGCUUCAGGGAGUAGCCAGGAAGUUCUUGUGAAGAAAACAGAUUUGUUUGUGUCUCCCGAGGCGGACCUCGUCAUUCACAGCGUGAAUACUGUGGAUGGUAAGGGAAAGGCAGAGAAACUCCUGAGGGCAAAGCUUCAGGAUCAAGGUAUUCACCUUCGCACAGGCAGGUGGACAGCCAUAGAGAAUGAGAGGUUGAAAUCAAACUGGGAGGAAAUAAUCAAGAACCAUCCAGUAUCAAACCCUUACAGCUUGCUAACUCGAAAAUCAUCAGGGGACAGAGAUCAACAAAUGUUUCUGAAGACAUACAUUCAGGAAACUUCUUUCUACAAAGCACUAGCUCGGGGGUUAAACAGAUCAACAUACAGCUGUUACAUCAGAGCAAGGCGAAUGUUUCAUAAGCUGAACAAGGGCAGUUACACGGAGGAGGAUUUCCGAAGGUUAAAACGUCUGCGUCAGGAGCAUGGUAACAAGUGGACGCAGAUUGGCAAACUGAUGGAUAGGACUGGUUCAUCGUUGUUUGACAUGCAUCGUAGAAGAGUUAACAGUACACGGGCUGGGUAUUGGAGUACAGAGGAAGAGAUCCAGCUGUUGGAUGCUAUCAGAGCAGUAAUGGGGUCAGCUGAUGUCACACAUCUGUAUCACCAGAUACCAUGGCAACAGGUGGCUGGUCAUGUGCCUACCAGGUCAGCUCCUCAGUGCCGAGAGCAUUGGUGGAAAAAGAUGGCGUGGACGGUUAAUAACGAGGGAUAUCGACAGCAGUGGCGGUCAUGUGACAGAAAAAAACUCGUAGAGAAGAUUUAUGUCAUGCCAAUCUUUGAAGAGUCAGAAAUAGACUGGGAUGCUCUUCAUCUUAUGUUUGACAAGUCUGUUUCUCCACAAUAUUUACAGAAGCGCUGGUUUUAUCUGAAAACUUUGGUGCCAAACUUUCAAAGAAAGUCAUUUGAUGAAAUCCGUGACUUCUUGUACAACAGAUAUGACGAUGAAGGAAGUGGGAAAGAAGACACCACACGACAAUGAAUGAACUUUUUAAUUUAUAGCCAAGUUUUAUUAAAACAUGUUUAAGGUGUAGAAGUACAUGGUCAUGUCUUUGGUUGGUGAUGUAACCCGUGACCAUCUGUAGGUUGCUGGCCGACCUUCCCACUCUUAGAUUGGUGGUGUAUUACUAGUAAAUAUAUCAACAUGGUGAAGCAUGAACACUUGUAUAUAAUUCACUGAACCAUUUGCAGCCUAACUCACUGAGUCAUUUGCAAACUAUCUCACUGAACUAUUUGCAGCCUUAAUCACUGAGCCAUUUGCAACCUAACUUGCUGAACAAUUUGCAACAUAACUCACCAAGCCAUUUUCAGUGUAACUCAUUGAGCCAUUUGCAACCAACCUUGCUGAGCCAUUUGCAACCUAACUCACUGAACCAUUUGCAACCUAACUCAGAGCCACUUUCAACCUAACACACUGAGCCAUUUGCAACCUAACUUGUUGAGCCAUUUGCAACCUGACUCGCUGAGCCAUUUGCAAACUAACUCACUGAAUCAUUUGUAACCUAACUCACUGUGUUAUUUGCAAACUAACUCACUGUGUUAUUUGCAAACUAACUCACUGAGUCACUUUCAACCUAACUCACUGAGCCAUUUGCAACCUAAUUUGCUGAGUCGUUUGCAACCUAACUCACUGAACCAUUUGCAGCUUUACUCAGGGAGCCAUUUGCAAUCUAACUCACUGAGCCAUUUGCAACCUAACUCAUUGAACCAUUUGUUACCUAACUUGCUGAGCCAUUUGUAACCUAACUCAUUGAGCCAUUUGCAAGCUAACUCACUGAGGCUUUUGCAACCUAACUCACUGAGCCAUUUGUAUAUAACCCCAACACAGAAAGAAUCAACAGCAAAUAAUACACCGAGAACCUUACUUUUUUUGGAAGAGAGGGGUUUAACAGAUCCGAACUUUGUAAAUCAACUUUAAAUCUGGAAUUCUCAUAAGGCCAUGGGAUGUGCCAUGUUAGAGAAACCUGAAACGUGAAGUUGUGUCAUUCGUAUUCCACGUUCAUUUGGCUUAAAUGGAAAAUUGUGUCAGUGUGUCGUCAGCAGAAAUGGAUUCGUUUUCAGCGUGUGGAAAUAACUCAAGCUUUAUUGUUUAUAAAAGAUAACAUUUGAUUGACUAAGUGUUUGCUUACUUUGAAAUGCGAUAUUUCAUUUAUGCAACAAGGAUAUAAAAGUACAGUGUAUCUUGUAUAAACAUUAUUUGGGAUACUUUAUCGAUAUAUUUGACCGAGUGUUAUCUUUUCUCUUAAAAUAUGGUCGUGACAGCUUGAAGGAACACUUUUGAUAAAAAACAUUUGAGAUAGGUCAAAAUUUCGUUAUUUUUGCAGGAAAUCCUGUGUUUCACAAGAUAUGUUUCAGCUCCGAGCAUUCAUCAGGUGACAGGAAGUGUAUCUGUUUUAUGAAAUGAAAUUGAACUUCAUGGUCACCAAGAUGGAUUUGUGUGUUUUUAGACUUGAAAUGUUGAUGUUUCAGUGACAAGUUUUUUUCCUGUUUGCCACCCAGGAGAUGUUCAUGGGUUUCCCCUGGAUUCUGCCGGGUUUCAUCUCACCGUAAUGCUGGCCACUGCUCUAUAAAUGAAAUAUUCAUGAGUAUUGUGUAAAAUUCCAAUCAAAAUAAACAAAACAAUAAAUUAG